CCUCGACUUCCAUCACGCGCUGGUAUGAGCUGAUGGAGCUGAAUGCCGGAAAUCCUCGCAGUCAAAUUCUUCAAUCUGUACAUAUAUUCUCAUAGCGAUCUGGCAUUGCUCCUAUCACUGGCGAUGAAAUGACCAGCGACCCUCUCCGCCCGGGUCUCCAUCCGCUGUCGCAACUCAAGGCUGGUCCAACUACCUCCAGCUCUAAGUCGACGGCGUUGUCAGCUUCCUCAACCUUGCAGGUGGCAUCGUCACCGAGGCCUAGUCGCUCUCAACCACCCAAGGCAUCUAACCGUGAUGACACAGUCAAUGCCACAAGCGACAAGGCAACCGUCGCUCUGAUUCGACGCGUUUUGUGUCCGCAACCAGGGAGCCAUGGCGGUGCUUCAACGCCUCCACCUCUAGAAGAGUUGUUGCCUCCUUUGACAAGCUCAAAUGAUCUAGAUCGACAACUCUACGCUCUGCUUGCUAUAGUAGUCAAGGAGUUCGUUCUUUCCUGGUACUCAAAAAUCACGUCGGAUCAGGUAUUCGUCAACGAACUCAUUCAGGUCAUCGCGCACUGUACCCGAGCGCUCGAGCAAAGAAUGCGCGAAACAGAUAUCGCACAGUUGGUGCUCGAUGAGAUCCCAGCGUUAGUGGAAACGCAUAUCAGCUCGUACAGGUUAGCGAAACGACAGUCAGAAUUGUGCGAACUUUCCCCAACAUUACGCGAGAUCUACCAUUCCUUAAACCCUCACCCAGGUUUAUCACCGGUCCCGAGCCCAUCUGAUACCCAGAGCCUUGAACAGCAACAGAAAGUCGAAUCCGUAUAUAGGCAGCUGCUGGUGCAAGGGGCGCUUACAAUCCUCCUCCCAACCGAAGACCUUGAAAAUGUCUGUUUACGGACCUUGCUGGGCGAUAUCUUAGCGGAUCUUAUCAUAGGUAAUGGAGUAGCUGGGAAAAUGAGUGACGGGUGUUUCAUACUGGAAAGCAUCACGAAAGUGGUUGAUAAUGCUGGGCGGGACAGUCGCAAGGAGGAAUCAACCCCACUUCAAUCCCGUCAGCGUUCCCAAUUACACGAGUACGGCUUGAUCUCAUCCCGGGAGGAGCUGCUGAAGGGCUCGUCACACCCACCUACUCCAGUACGAAUCCCGGACUGGGCGUGGCAGAUUCUGCAAUUUGGGUAUUUCAUCUAUGUGACCCUGCGCUUCAUUGUAGUAGGCUUAUUUCGAGUUUCAUCGACGAACCCUGUCACUCCUUCUCGGACGUCCGCUUCACCAAUCAGCAAAGCAGAUGAGACACAUAGCAUAUGCACGAGCUCGAGGAAGCGACCUGUGCUCAAAUAUCGACUCUACGGUAUGCUCGCUCAAGUGAUGGAUGUACCUCAGCGAAUGCCAUGGCUUGGGGGAUCUCUCGCACUGCUCCAGCACUUGAUCCUGGCGGGUCCAGGUAGAUUAGGUGACACCGAUAGUGUUCUCGAUAGGUUCCUUCACGAGACCAUCCAGGAUCAUAUUUUCACCCCCGCUCUGUUACCAAGCCUGCUUCUGGCGAUCAGAGCGGCGCUUUUCCCGUUGAACACCCGUCCAGCGGCGGCGGCGACCACGGCGGUAUCGGCUACGCAGCUGUCUGUGCAACCUUCCGCACCUCCUAUCGCAGUCGCCAAAGGCCCUGUUAGCGACACCGCUGGCGCAAGUGACGCUUGCAGUAGCGUCUCAACGACUGGUCUUUCAACAGCAGCGCCCUUAUCGCCGGACCCGCGGCCCUCGACGCCUGAUUUCGCUUCCAUCAAGCGACGCUGCGCGGCCAGCAUUCUGUCACGGGUUCCUCGCCCAGUCGCCCGGCGGUUCUUCGCCGUUCCGGCCGUGUUUCUGUCAUCUCAACGCCAAGGUGAUGAUUCGCACUCGAACAAACAAACUUCGCCAUCGCCUUCUUUAUCGCCAUCACAGUCAGCUGCGCCCAACGACGACGCAGAAGAAUUAUAUCUCCUCGCAUCGAUCGAGGAGAUUCUCGACCUUUUCUCCGACGACUACUGCAACAAACAUCUGAUAUACUUUAUUAUCGAAGCUAUUCUCACGAAGCUUCUACCAGAGUUAUCCGAGCGUAGCAUUGCUGAAUUGAUGGAGGACCGGGGUUUAUCGCUCGACGUCUCGAAUUAA